AUGGAUGAACCUGUAAAUUUAUUUAAUUAUCUAGUCGGUGAUCUUAAAGCUGUAGAUAAGAAUGGAAUGAAUGCAUUAAUGUGGGCUUCUCUGUGUGGAGCUUAUGAAAAAGUGGAUGAGUUCAUUAAUAAGGGAUAUGAUAUUAAAGCUGUAGAUAAAGAUGGAAGGAAUGCAUUAAUGUACGCUUCUGGGAGUAGAAAUACUAAAACAGUAGAGUUGUUAAUUAAUAAGGGAAGUGAUAUUAAAGUUGUAGAUAAAGAUGGAAAAAAUGCAUUAAUGUACGCUUCUGAGAAUGGAAAUGAUAAAACUGUAGAUUUGUUAAUUAAUAAGGGAAGUGAUGUUAAUGCUGUAGAUAAAGAUGGAAAGAAUGCUUUAAUCUACGGUUUAAACUGUACAUAUAAUUUCUACAAUUUUGAUUGUUUUAUUAAAAAUCAGUCUUAUGCCAGAUUUCUAGCUGACAAAAUCUCUGGUUAUUUGAUAAAAUCUGGAGCUGAUGUUAACUUUAUUGACAAAAAUGGAUGGAGUGCGUUGAUGUACGCUGCCGGAAAGGGAGCUAAGCGAGCAGUUGAGCUCUUAGUGAAAUCUGGAUGUGAUGUUCUAGCCGUGAAUAAAGAUGGAAACAAUGCAUUAGCUAUAGCGUCAAAAUAUGGCUUCAAAGAUAUUGUUGAGUUUUUGAGCUCCUUGCACAACACAAAUGUCAUUGUUGAAACUAAACAACACGUGGAUCGUGUUAAGUGUUUGGUAAAAUCCCAACCGUCAAAAGAAGAUGACAUAGUCAAGCAGGUGAUUGGCCUUGACAUAUCAGAAGACCUGGUCAAGAAAACUCUACAGAAAAGGCUGGAAGAUAAAGGCACAACGUUUGAGAGUGCAGAAGCCCUGAUUGAGUCCAUACUAAAAGACAACUUCAGUAGGCCCAGCGCGUCCUUAUCUGGUGACCCCCUGGUCUCAACUCAAUUAAAGAAGGGCAAUACAGAGGUGAAGGAGCUGCUACGGUGUAGAAACUGCUAUAAUGUAGAAGUGGAUACAAAAUUUGAACCUUGUGGUCAUCUGACUUGUAGCAACUGUGGUUUUGAUGUUGACGAUUGCCCAAUCUGCGAAUCUCCUAUUAAAGCAAAAAAAAAUCUUUCUUAUAUAGUAAUACUAGCUCUCAUUAUCAAGAACAUAAUCUCUGAAGAUGAUAUGCAGCAAGUGAAUUCAAAACCAACACGUACAGAGCGGACCGAAGCUCUGCUUAAUUUGAUUCUUCGUGCGGGACCCAGACGGGCGUUUCCCGAGUUUAUAAAUUCUCUAAGGAAAGAUUAUCCACAGGUGGUGGAUAGGUUACACAAGUAUGACGAUGAAAUAUAUAGAUAA